AUGGGAAACGGCAUAGCAGGAUUGAAGAAGAAACGGGCCGAGGUUAUGACAAUCGACGGCCAAACAUUCAAGGUGAAGCCGCCGGCGACGGCGGCCGACGUGCUCCGAGAUUACUCGGCGGCCCACGUCUUGCUGGAGUCGGAACAAGUGAAGAGGCACGGAAUUCGGGCCCAGCACCUUCGGCCCGAACAGGGCCUCAAGCCCGGGAAGAUUUAUUUCCUUGUGGAAAUGCCUAAGUUUCCCGAGGCCCGGACUACUAGACGGGCCAAGUCUCUGCCGCAUAAAAGCAGUGCUAUAGAAAGGCUUGAGGGCAUGAUGCUUAGACAGAAAUCAGCUGUUCAUGUGGGCUCGGGCUCGGGCUCGGGGCCCGUGAGGGUCAAAAUGACGCUUCCGCGGGCCGAGAUUGAGAAAUUGAUGAGAGAGAGUAAGGAUGAAGCGGAGGUGGGGCAGAGGAUUCUUGAUUUUUGUUUGCAAAAUAAGCCCGUUUGA